CAAAGAGCAGAGCGAUUGCUAUCCCAGUUGAUCUUGACAGCCAGGUCAAUAACCUCUUCCUGAAGUCUCACAAUAUAGUGCAAAAAACAGCGAUGAACUGGAGGAUGACGGCAAGAAAUGCUGCCCGGAGAGAUUCUGUGAUGGCAGCGUCAAGGGAUUAUCGUAAUAUCAUUGAGAGGUUGCAAGAUAUAGUAUCAGCUUUGGAAGAUCGCUUACGGCCACUGGUCCAAGCUGAAUUGUCUGUAUUGGUGGAUGUUCUUCAUAGACCAGAACUGCUUUUCCCAGAAAAUACAGAUGCUAGAAGGAAAUGUGAAAGUGGAGGUUUUAUCUGCAAGUUAAUAAAACAUACUAAGCAGCUGCUGGAAGAGAAUGAGGAGAAACUUUGUAUUAAAGUAUUACAGACACUCAGGGAAAUGAUGACCAAAGAUAGAGGCUAUGGAGAGAAGCUGAUUGCACUUGGUGAAUUGGAUAAUGCUGAGGAGCUUGAUCAAAGUCUACCAGAGAGACAACUUGAAGAUCAAAAAAGGGGGGAGGCCCUGAGACAGGUUUUGGUAAAUCGUUACUACGGGAACAUCAGAAGUGGAGGAAGACGAGAGAGCCUCACCAGCUUUGGCAAUGGACCUUUAUCUCCUGCAGGGCCCAACAAACCUGGAGGAGCAGGAAGUGGGUCUGGAUCCAGCUCAACCAACCGUGGUGAAAUGAGUUUGACAGAAGUCCAGUGUCACUUGGAUAAGGAAGGAGCAUCCAAUCUAGUUAUAGACCUCAUCAUGAAUGCCACUAGUGAUAGAGUUUUCCAUGAAAGCAUCCUGUUGGCUAUUGCCCUACUGGAAGGUGGCAACACAAUUAUACAGCACUCCUUUUUUUGUCGCUUAUUGGAAGAUAAGAAAUCAGAAAAAUUCUUCAAAGUUUUUUAUGAUCGUAUGAAAGUUGCUCAGCAAGAAAUCAAGGCCACAGUCACAGUUAACACCAGUGAUUUGGGAAACAAAAAGAAAGAUGAUGACUCCGACAGAGAUGUGCCAGCAAGGAAGAGAGCAUUAAGGGAACCCCUGACCCAAAUAACAGAGGAAGUGAGAGAUCAGUUGGUUGAGGCCUCCACCGCUACAAGGAAAGCAUUUAACACCUACCGAAGAGAAGCCGAUCCUGAUGAUCAUUAUUCGGCUGUAGAAGGAGCACAGUCGGUGGCAGAUAAAAACAAAGAUGAACUGGAGAUGAGUGCUGUCAUCACAAUAAUGCAGCCCAUCUUACGUUUUUUGCAGUUGCUGUGUGAAAACCACAACCGGGAUUUGCAGAACUUUCUGCGUUGCCAAAACAACAAGACUAAUUACAACCUAGUGUGUGAGACAUUACAGUUUUUAGAUUGUAUUUGUGGAAGUACAACUGGAGGACUUGGAUUGCUUGGGCUGUACAUUAAUGAGAAAAAUGUAGCAUUGAUCAACCAGACUCUGGAAAGUUUGACAGAGUAUUGCCAGGGACCAUGUCAUGAAAAUCAGCUUGCUCGCCACAACAAAGAAUUGCAAAACAUGUUGAAGCCUGGAGGACAAAUAGAUGGAGACGAAGCUUUAGAAUUCUAUGCCAAGCAUACAGCUCAAAUUGAGAUAGUUAGAUCGGAUCGUACUAUGGAGCAAAUAGUCUUCCCUGUGCCCAGUAUAUGUGAGUUCCUCACCAAAGAAUCUAAACUCCGGGUGUACUACACUACAGAAAGGGAUGAGCAAGGCAGCAAAAUCAAUGAUUUCUUUAUGAGUUCUGAGGACCUUUUUAAUGAAAUGAACUGGCAAAAAAAGCUGAGAGCUCAGCAUAUCUUGUAUUGGUGUUCCCGCAACAUGUCCUUCUGGAGCAGUAUUUCAUUCAACCUUGCAGUCCUUAUGAAUCUACUGGUAGCAUUUUUCUAUCCAUUUAAAGGAAUCAAAGGAGGUACACUGGAGCCCCAUUUAUCAGGCUUACUCUGGACGGCCUUGUUGAUAUCACUUGCCAUUGUUAUCGCUUUACCUAAGCCCCAUGGCAUUAGGGCUCUAAUAGCUUCUACAAUAUUGCGAUUAAUUUUUUCUGUAGGUUUACAGCCCACAUUGUUUCUUCUGGGGGCUUUCAAUGUUUGUAACAAAAUUAUAUUUCUGAUGAGUUUUGUUGGUAAUUGUGGAACAUUUACUAAAGGAUACAGAGCCAUGAUCCUUGAUGUUGAGUUUCUUUAUCAUCUACUGUAUCUUCUGAUUUGUGCAAUGGGGCUCUUUGUUCAUGAAUUUUUCUACAGUUUAUUGCUUUUUGACUUGGUGUACAGGGAGGAGACCUUGCUGAAUGUCAUUAAAAGUGUCACUCGCAAUGGACGUUCAAUCAUCUUGACCGCUGUCCUUGCUCUUAUUUUGGUUUACCUGUUCUCAAUAGUAGGAUACCUGUUCUUCAAGGAUGACUUUAUCUUGGAAGUAGAUAAGCUACCUAACGAGACACUAUUGCCAGAUCAACAUAAUGAAAUUGGAGAGCCAAUGACUAGAGAGUUCUUAUAUUCUAAUGUGUGCAAAAUAAAGGAUGGUGAGAAUUGUUCUUCUGUUAUUCCUUCUACCGAGCUAGUUUCUGAAGAAUCUGAAGAGGAUAAAGAACAUACAUGUGAGACGUUGCUGAUGUGCAUUGUUACUGUGCUUAGUCAUGGGCUGAGAAGCGGGGGCGGAGUAGGAGAUGUACUCAGGAAACCAUCCAAGGAGGAACCUCUGUUUGCUGCAAGAGUGAUAUAUGAUCUCCUCUUCUUCUUCAUGGUGAUCAUUAUUGUCCUUAAUCUGAUUUUUGGAGUCAUUAUUGAUACCUUUGCUGAUUUAAGAAGUGAGAAACAGAAGAAAGAAGAAAUUUUGAAAACAACAUGUUUUAUUUGUGGUUUGGAAAGAGACAAGUUUGAUAACAAGACAGUGACUUUCGAGGAACAUAUUAAAGAGGAGCACAAUAUGUGGCAUUAUUUAUUCUUCAUUGUGUUGGUAAAAGUAAAAGACUCUACGGAAUAUACAGGGCCUGAGAGUUAUGUAGCAGAAAUGAUAAAGGAAAGAAAUCUGGAUUGGUUCCCCCGGAUGCGUGCCAUGUCACUUGUUAGUAGCGACUCAGAAGGAGAACAGAAUGAACUUAGAAACCUGCAAGAGAAGCUUGAAUCAACGAUGAAGCUGGUAUCUAACCUUUCUAGUCAGCUGACGGAACUUAAAGAUCAGAUGACAGAGCAGAGAAAGCAAAAACAGCGUAUUGGUCUCCUAGGACAUCCUCCUAUCAAUGUGAACCCACAACAACCAGCAUAAAUUGGAUGGGUGGUUCGUCUCCCCAUUGUAUUUCCUUCCUUCAUACCAGAGUUGAGAUCCAGUUCUUAAAGCUGCUUCGAUGUAUUCCCAGUUCAUGUAAAUAAACCUGAUUUUUUUAUACUGUAUGUAUAGCACUGCUCUGAGAAAGAAAGGAGCUUAUAAAUAUGGGCAUAUUAUGAGAGGAGGAUUACAUUUGUACUUUCAAAAUGUGUUUUUAUAGGAAGAAAGGCACAUCUAAUUUGCACUUGAAAAAAAAGGAUUUAUGUCUAAAAGAAUACAUGAUCUGUAUUUUGUAUUUAAAACCUCAGAUAGCGAGUAUUUAUGUUUUAUACAAUUGUGCAAUAUGAAUUAUGCAAUCACACUAGUUUCUUUAGGAAUGUAUCCUAGAGGGGGUGCACAUUUUUUAAUCUGGUGUCAUCUUACUCCAUUUGCAAAACAGCAUCAAGUGUCCACUGAUAUGGGCUGCUGCCAAAUGCUGUUCCUAGUGCGGUUUACUUCUCCAGGCCCAAUUCCCUGUUUGAUUUUUUGUUUGUUGGUUUGGUUUGGUAAAAUACAGUAUUUGAAAUAGUUUGAAGCACUGUGGCAAUAGAGCCUUAUUUUAUUCCAGCCAACAUUGAUCGAUCUCCCUAUUUUAAAACAAAGGUGUUUUUUUUCUUCAAAAUCUUAUUGAGCUGAUUCUUCGAUCAUGGUACUGGAAAAGUUAAUCCAAACAUUAAUUAAUGAAUAAAACUUGAAGGGAAUCUUUUGUUUUGUUAUGACAGAUUAUAUCAGGCUGGUUCUCAAGUCUGGUAGUCAGGGUAAUCUUCUAAAAUACUUUUCUUGGUUUUGGUGUCGUUUUGGUUUAGAAGAACCUAGAAUAAUGUAGAUCUAUCCGUCUAUCAUCUGUACAUUUUGUUACUGUAUUCCAACAGAGAUACAUUUCCUUCAGUUAUACUUUGUACCAGUUAAAAAUAAACUUGGCCUUCUAGGAUCCCUAGCUGAGCACUGAUUUUCCAAUACUUGUGAAAGAGCCACUAGAUAUAGAUUAUGCUUUAGUUUUUCUUCACACUUUGUUAAUCUUAAAAGAUUAUAUAAAUAUAUAUAUAUAUAUAUAUAUAAAUGUCAUCUAGUUUUGUACAUGAUCCUCAGAGAUUACAGAAGCAAUCUCUGUUUUUAAUAAGAAGCAGGGAGGUGAGUGCUUAUUAAAGUUUGAAAAUGCAAAAAUAUAGAUAUUUAAAUAAAUGAUAAAAUAAUAUGUACAGAGUUCCAGAGUGACAGCUUCAUUCCUUGCAAGAAACUUGAAUUUUCUUUUCAGAAUAAGAUUUGGUGAAAAGAGCAUCCUCGAAUCAGUGUGGUUUGUUAGUUUUCGUAUUUCCAUCUAUAUUAUUUUUAUAAAUAAUUCAAAUUGGCAACAUACUUAAUACUCCUUCUUCCUCCUAUUUUUCUCACAAUAACAACCCUGGAGGUGGGGUGGACUGAGAGUGACCGGCCCAAAUUUACCCAGCCAGCUUUCAUGCCUAGAGGCAUCAGCAGAGGUGGGUUGCUCCCGAUUUGGCCCAGAUCGGGUGAACCAGUAGUAGUGGUGGCUGGAGGCUCCACCCAUCUGCCCAGAUGCUUACAACCCCACAUCCAUGAGCAAACCGGUAGUAGAAAAAUUGGCAACCUACCUCUGGGUAUCAGGAAUACAUUAUCUUCUGGUUUCUACACUAAAUGCAACUGGUUUAUGAAGAAGCUUUAAAAUAGUAUCCACUGCAAGCAGGACAAAUCUUACUCAAAGUACUACGUUUGCUAUAAUAAAAAUAACUUUCAGCCAUUGCA